AUGGUUGCUCAAAUUGGUUCCGCUUCUGAAUUCGAACAGGCCGUCAAGGUCGACAAGCUGGUUGUUGUCGACUUUUUCGCCACCUGGUGCGGUCCUUGCAAGAUGAUUGCUCCUAUGAUCGAAAAGUUCGCCGAGCAGUACCCAAGUGCCGCCUUCUACAAGCUAGACGUCGACCAGGUCCCUGAGGUCGCCCAGCAGAACGAAGUCUCCGCCAUGCCAACCAUCCUGCUGUUCAAGAACGGCCAGGUCAUCGACAAGGUUGUUGGCGCCAACCCAGCUGCCAUCAAGCAGAAAAUCGCUGCCCACGCCUAA